UUUUAAUGCGCAAGUUGUAUAUAUAGACAACAAGUUUUUUCCUAUUUUAUUUUCUUAUUUAUAUCAAAAUAUUUCGAAACAAAGCUAAAUUUAAUUAUAUCAUCUUUUUACCAUUCUCUUUUAACGUGAUAUUCUAAAAGGGGAAAGGAGAAUAUUUCUCUAAAAAAAAAGAAUCUUUCUUGGAACCCCAACUUACACUCUUUAUAUUCACCCCCUAACUUUUCCCUUUCGCUAAUUUCAACUAUACUUCAAAAAGUAAUAACACUAUGGUAAAAUUUGGAGAUUUUAAUGGUAUUUGUGAGAAAGUAGCUCUUACUGUGUGUCCUCUUGUUGGAGCGGAAGAAGGUAUUGAACCAACAUGUUAUUCAAGAAAUGUUGAAAUUGCUGGAACACUAAUUUUCCAACCAGCUACCAUUAUUAUCCAUAUUAUUUCACUCAUCAUGACCUCCAUCAUGAUUUACCACAUAAAGUCAAAAUAUACAGCAGUCGGUCGUAAAGAAAUUGUUAUGUUCUUUUACUUAUACAUGAUGGUUACCUUCCUAGAAUUAUUGCUUGUUUCUGGUAUUAUUCCAACAGCAGCGACUAUUUAUUCUUAUUUCACUGCUGCACAUAUUGGACUUAUUACUGCUACAUUCUGGUGCUUAUUAUUAAAUGGUUUCGUCGGAUUCCAAUUUGCUGAAGAUGGUACACCAUUGUCGCUUUGGUCGAUCCGUAUUUCUUCUUUGGUUAUUUUCGUUGCAGUUUUCUUCUUGAGUAUCGCAACAUUCUUAAAUAAAGCAGGAUUUAGUGCUUUAAAUCCAGUAGCACUUUGGAUCGUAUUAUAUAUAUUUAAUGGAGCAGCUCUUGUAAUUUAUGUAGUUCUUCAAAUUGUACUUGUACUUAACACCCUUGAUGAUCGCUGGCCUCUUGGUGAUAUUUUGUUUGGAAUCUCUUUCUACGUUAUUGGACAAGUUAUUCUCUACCAAUUUUCUGUACGUAUCUGUGAUACAGUCAAGCAUUAUAUUGAUGGGUUAUUCUUUGGAACAAUCUGUACACUUUUAGCUGUUAUGAUGGUUUACAAAUAUUGGGAUUCCAUCACAAAAGAAGAUCUUGAAUUCUCCGUUGGUAGUAAACAAAAUGUAUGGGAAGUUAAAGAAUUACUUGGAGAAGAUGAGGUAUAUUCAAAUCAAGGUGGUUAUGGUGGUGGUUAUCCCCCUCAACAACAAUAUGGCGGAUAUAAUGAUGCAUACUAAAAACUUUCUAAAAAAAAAGAUUAUUAAUAUUUUAAUACACAAUAAAUUUACUUUAAUUUAUUGGGGAGGGUAAAAGAAAAAUAGACUUAAAUAAAAAAUUUUUUCAGGUGAAUCAAAAAGAACUUUUUUAUAAAAUCAUAAUUUAGCACCCUCCAAAAACCAAUUAAUUCUUUUUUGUAAUUUUAUAAAAAUAUUUUUGGCGUUUAUACAAUUUUACUUCCCUUUCCUUUAUAUAAUUCAUAGAUAAUGACCGGAAAUUUUUAUUAGCAGGGAAGUAAAGUGGUUUUCUUUAAUAUAUAUAUU